AUGACGCAAAACAAGACUCUCAUCUUCAAGAAGGUCCCCACCGGCCUGCCCGUGGCGGGGGAGCACCUCGCCGUCGAGGACCGUCCGAUUGACCUCGACGCCGCGCCCGAGGACGGCCUGGUCGUCGAGAUCGUCUACGCGUCCUUUGAUCCUUACCAGCGCGGCCGCAUGAGGGACUCCAGCAAGAAGUCCUACUCGCCCGCCUUCGAGAUUGACGGCCCCGUCACCAACUUCACCGUCAGCAAGGUCCUGAAGAGCAAAGCUCCCAACUUCGCCGAGGGCGAUCUCGUAGUCGGCCUUACGCCUAUCGCUGAGUACGCCCACGUGCCGUCCGCCGCUCUGGAUAAGGUGCGCAAGGUCCAGAACCCCUUCAACCUCGACCUGGCCCUCUUUCUCGGCCCCCUUGGCAUGCCCGGGUUGACCGCCUGGUCUGGCCUCCACAAGAUCGGACAGCCCAAGACGGGUGAGACCAUCUUUAUCAGCUCCGCUGCCGGGGCCGUGGGACAGCUUGUCGGGCAGAUCGCCAAGCGGGAGGGCCUCACCGUCAUCGGGUCUGUGGGCUCGGACGAGAAGCUCGACUUCAUCGUCAAAGAGCUCGGUUUCGACGCCGGCUUCAACUACAAGAACGAGAAACCCGCCGACGCUCUUCCCAGGCUGGCCCCCAACGGCAUCGACAUCUACUUUGAGAACGUGGGCGGAGACCACUUCGAGGCGGCCCUCGCCUCCAUGAACUUCGAGGGACGCAUCGCCCUCUGCGGCAUGAUCUCCGAAUACAACACCCCGGCGGACCAGCAGAAGGGCAUCAAAGGCUUGACACAGCUUAUUGCUAAACAGAUCACUUUGCAGGGUUUCCUCGUCGGUACCCCCAAGUUUGGUCCUGCGUACUUUAUGGAACACCAGCAGAACCUGCAGAAGUGGCUCUCAGAAGGCAGUGUCAAGGCCAAGCUGGCCGUGACCGAGGGUAUCGACAACGCCCCGGAUGGCUUCAUCGGCAUGCUCACCGGCAAGAACUUUGGCAAGGCUGUGCUGAAGAUUAAAUAA